AUGAAAUUUUUUAUUGAUGAUUUAGCAGUAUAUUUCCCAUACCACUAUUGUUAUCCAGAACAAUAUCAAUAUAUGGUAUCUCUAAAGAAAUCAUUAGAUGAAGGUGGACCAUGUAUAUUAGAAAUGCCAAGUGGCACAGGUAAAACAGUAUCAUUGUUAGCAUUAAUUUCAUCAUACCAACUUGUUAACCCAACAGUAAAAUUAUUAUAUUGCUCAAGAACAGUCCCAGAAAUUGAGCAGGCAACAGAAGAGGCAAGAAGAGUAUUAAACUAUAGAAACUCACAAUUGGGUGAAAAAGCACCAAAAACAUUAUGUAUAUCAAUGUCAUCACGUCGUAAUUUAUGUAUACACCCAAGAGUAAGCGAAGAAAGAGAAGGUAAAAUAGUAGACUCAUUGUGUAGAGAAUUAACCUCACCAUGGAAUAGAGAGAAUCCAAACUCUGAAAGGUGUAAAUUUUUUGAAAAUUUUGAAGAUAAAGGAAAAGAAAUUUUAUUAGAGGGUGUUUAUUCAUUAGAGGAUUUAAAAGAAUAUGGUUUAAAGAAUCAAAUGUGCCCAUACUUUUUAGAUAGACAUGUUUUAAAUUUUGCAAAUAUCGUUAUUUUUAGUUAUCAAUAUUUAUUAGAUCCAAAAAUUGCAUCAUUGGUUUCAUCAUCAUUUGCCACCAAUUCAAUUGUAGUAUUUGAUGAAGCCCAUAACAUUGAUAAUGUGUGUAUCAAUGCUCUUAGUGUUAAUUUAGAUAAUAAAAUUUUAGAUGCCUCUUUAAAAAAUGUAACAAAGAUUAAUAAACAAAUUGAAGAAAUUAAAAAAGUUGAUGAAAAAAGAUUAAAAGAAGAAUAUAGCAGAUUGGUGCAAGGUUUAGCAAGAAGUGGUACAAAUAGAACAGAAGAAGUAUCUGCAGAUCCAGUAUUACCAAAUGAUGUUAUACAAGAAGCAGUUCCAGGUAAUAUUAGAAAAGCAGAGCAUUUUAUGUCAUUAAUCAAAAGAGUUAUAGAUUAUUUAAAGAGUAGACUAAAAUCACAAAUGGUAAUAUCGGAAUCACCAAUGGCGUUUUUACAAGGUUUAUAUCACGCAACAUCAAUUACCUCAAGAACAUUGAGGUUCUGUUCUGCAAGAUUAAGUUCAUUGCUUAGAACAUUGAAAAUCAACGAUAUCAAUGCUUUUUCUGGCAUUUCAUUAAUCGCCGAUUUUGCUACUUUGGUUGGCACCUACAACAAUGGUUUUCUUAUUAUUAUCGAACCCUAUUACCAACGUCAAAACAAUACAUACGAUCAAAUUUUUCAAUUUUGCUGUUUGGAUGCAUCCAUUGGAAUGAAACCAAUUUUCGAUCGAUUCCGUUCAGUCAUCAUUACGUCUGGUACCCUAUCACCAUUGGAUAUCUACACCAAAAUGUUAAACUUUCGUCCAAAAGUAAUUGAAAAACUAUCAAUGUCAUUAAAUAGAAAUUGUAUAUGUCCAUGUAUUUUAACUAGAGGAAGUGAUCAAAUUUCAAUCUCCACCAAGUUUGAUGUAAGAAGUGAUACAGCAGUAGUUAGAAACUAUGGUUCGCUCUUAGUCGAAGUAUCUGCCAUUGUGCCCGAUGGUAUUAUUUGUUUCUUCACAUCCUACUCUUAUAUGGAACAGAUUGUCAGCGUUUGGAAUGAAAUGGGUCUUCUCAAUAAUAUUUUAACAAAUAAAUUAAUUUUUGUCGAAACCUCUGACCCUGCCGAAUCUGCCCUAGCUCUUCAAAACUAUAAGAAAGCAUGUGAUAGUGGUCGUGGCGCUGUAUUGCUCUCUGUUGCUCGUGGUAAAAUCUCGGAAGGUAUUGAUUUUGAUAAUCAGUAUGGUCGUUGUGUUAUUCUCUAUGGUAUUCCUUACAUCAACACAGAAUCAAAAGUAUUAAGAGCUCGUUUAGAAUUUCUUAGAGAUCGUUAUCAAAUUAGAGAAAACGAAUUUUUAACAUUCGAUGCAAUGAGAACUGCCUCUCAAUGUGUAGGUAGAGUUAUUCGUGGCAAGUCUGAUUACGGUAUUAUGAUCUUUGCAGAUAAACGUUACAAUCGUCUAGAUAAACGUAAUAAACUACCACAAUGGAUUUUACAAUUUUGUCAAAAUCAACAUUUAAAUCUUUCAACUGAUAUGGCAAUUUCGUUAUCAAAACAAUUCUUAAGAGAAAUGGGUCAACCUUUUACAAGAGAGGAACAAUUGGGUAAAUCAUUGUGGAGUAUAGAACAUAUUGAAAUGCAACCUGCAAGCAAACCAAAAAAUCAUUUAAACGGUAAAAAUACUCAACAGGACAUUCAAAAUAUUACGACAACCACAACCACAAUAGCAACCACCACAACAUCAGCAACCAUAACAACAGAUGAUACAGAUACAGUAAUGAACGAAUAGAACCACCCACCACAAAAUUUAAAGUUUUUUUUUUAGUUUUGAUUUUUUUAUUUAAUUUUUUUUUUUUAUUUUCAGAAAAUGUCUAAAUAAAUCUCAUUAUAACAUUUAUAACCAUCU